AUGAUAAAGAUUUUCAGCUUCUCUUCCAGUGACUCCAACAACAGUGUGAAGAUUUCAGUUCUCACACCUGAAGUGAUUCUUCUGCUUCUUCUGGAUGAUGCUCAUCUGAGAGGUGAAGUUGGAAGCUGUCCGGUUCAGCUGCCUCUGGCCGUGUCUGGAUGGGUCUUCAAAGAGGAGCUUUGUGAAGAGACCGAGAACACCGAAACUGAACCAAUGAUCACAGACAGCACUGGAGCUGAAGUGAAGGUCAAGCAGGAGCCUUUGGAAGGAUCGCAAACGAAAAAGGCGGAGACAAUGUUCAGACCACCCCCCCUGCCCGAGCCUGGUUUGCUACUUGAUUUACUCGAGGUGUGGAAUUACUGCAAAGAGGUGGAGCUUCUCUUCAUGCAGCUCCCUGAUUCGCUGCCAGGGCAACCACCCACCAUUGAUGUCAGGCCUUUAAAAACAGAGGUGCAGUCGAGUGAUGGACAGACUAUGCUGCAGACGACUGAGAACCAGGAGGACUCUCAAGACGAGAACAGUUGUUUUCUUAAGGAUCUGGAGGAGGGUUUGGUGGGGAAGAUGCUUGUAAGAAAGUCAGGCAAAGUGCAGCUUAUCAUGGGUAACGUAACCCUGGACAUGGCCCUGGGAACUCCAUGCACCUUUCUGCAGGAAUUGGUAUCAGUCAAUACAGAUGGCAGAAGAGGAGAUAUGUCUGUCCUAGGCCACAUUAAACACAAGCUGGUUUGUUCACCCGAUUUCCAGGCUCUUCUAGAAAACAGAGCUUGA